AUGGCACCUCGUAUCAUUUGCCAAAGUUCUGCAAAGCUCUUUUAUCUGAAGGGUAUUCCUGUUUUUCUUCGGCAGAUUAGCAUGGAUACUCUGUGGAUACACAUGAAUAGAAACCACGAAGGCAUUCUCUUUCGAGCGUUACGGGCAGAGGACGGGACGAUCCACAUUUCAGGGAAACGGAAAAAAGAAUCAGACUUUUCUCCUGACGGCUUGAAUGCAUUGUAUUGCCUUGAGGUAGUUAAGGAUGACGCUUCUUCUCAAAGCUUUGAUCUGGAAAUCGCGAUUCGCAAUGGUCUUCGCCCGCCAAAGAGAGCGUAUUAUCACAUGACCAAUUUCAGAAAGGUCGCAAUUGGAGAGUGGAUGUUAGAUAUUGAUCCUGAAGACUCUAUAGACUUGAUGUGGAGGAAUCAAAUGGAUGAAGCAUUUUUGGACGACUUCGACGAUAUUACAGCUAGUGAGAAGGGAUUCCUGAAACUAUGGAACGAUUUUAUCAAACGUCAACCGCAUACGCCACAAAAGGAUAUACCAAAGCUUACCAUUGAGUUUGUUACUCAAAACUACGAAAUAAUUUGCAAAGAGGGCUACCACGAGGAGAUGUUAAAACAUGUCACGAAUCUUUGGGACGAAGGACAUAUAAAUGGAGACGAUCUUUUUGCAACUAUUGUUGCUUACAAUAAUCUUGUUCCGUUUAACAGUCCAUAA